AUGGUGGCGGCUCAAUAUGCUAGUGCACGCCUGGACCUUUUGGACAAUGACCAGCCCCCUCACAGAAAUUCGAACUUCAUGGACCUGACCCACGCAUCAGGAUUUGCGUUAGCCAUACUUUGCUUGCUCAGAACGGUUCCGGGGCCCGGUGGAUUUGGAUGCCACUUUGGUAUAAAAUGCAGUUCCUUUUCCAAGAUGAAUGUUGGCACCUCCCAGCGUUCAACAUGUUCUUCAACCGGCUUUUCGGAAUACAAAAGCGUCCAAGUUGGGAAUCAGCUCCUGGAAAGGAGUUGCUGUUUGGUGCUCCUAGCAACAGCGCUGGGAGGAGCUUGGUCGGUAGAACAACCGUCUGGGUCACUACUGCAAUUUUACCCUGCUUGGCGUGAGACUUUGCAAAGCAUUUUCCAAAGCGGCGGUGCUCAUGCGGUCCAUAUGGUGAAAUGGUGGAUGGGCCAUUUUGGAUCUUCCACGCCAAAACGACACUAUGCCUUUGCGAACAGUGCUCAAAUUCAUCGUGUUGAUAUGGGCAAGUUAGAGGGAUGGAAGUCUGAUCCCCGUAUCAAAAAGAAGAGCGCCGAUCGAUAUCGUGAUGCAGCUGGACAGUUGAGAUAUAAGGGAAAUGAGAAUCUUCGUGGUACAGAGGUCUAUCCAAUUCCCUUCGCACGCUUGAUGGCUGACCUCAUCGACGACCACAAGGUCGAGAUGCCAUCGACGCCAAUCUCGGAGAAGGAGACGCUGCCAGCCAAGUCCUUAUCGACGCGGGAAGACUUCAAGGCCCAUUUGAUUGUUGCUAUCAACAAGAAGCAGGUGGAGCUUACAGUCGAUGAGGGUUGGUAUUCGCAGUCAGAGCUGGUGGCCCUGGGAUGGUCUCGGUGCAUCAAGAACUUGGAGACUGCCCUGGUCAGCGUCGACCAAGAGUUUGACCAGUGUAACGAAGUGUGGGCCAAGGGCGAAACGGAGGGCUUCUACACCGAGAAGCCCCAUGCACUUCGGCCAUUGAGUCAGCUCGCGAUGUUGUAUAUGUUCUCGGCUUUGAGGAAGGGUGACUACACCGGAGAAAACGACGGUGUUUUUCAGAAUGUUUUGUCUGCAGCUGCCGAAGAGGCAUCCUUUAUGUCCGACAUUGGGUUGCUGGAUGCACAAGGGCAUCGGUACAAUGCCAUCCUCCUCAACAUUAUCGGUGAUUGGCCAUUCUUGCACAAAAGUGGAAGAUUCGCAAGAAGCUACAACAAUGUGCAGAAACGAAAGCAGGUUCGUCAGCCUCCAGGUGGCAUAUGCCACCAGUGCAUGGCAGGCGUCCACCCGGUCUCCUGGGAACAAAUCAGCACCAGACGGCCAGCCUGGAAAGGGACAAUUUGUCAGUCCAGCCCUUUUCUGGAAGAGUCUCCUUUCAGGCGUGUGUUGCACGUUCCAGACCGAUUGGAACUGAUGUGGGCAUGGGAUUGGUUUCAUUGCUACCACCUAGGGGUGUCCAAGAACUUCCUUGGUUCAGCGUUGGCCCUCCUUUCUGAGAAAGAGGAAGGAGGCACCGUGGACGAACGAUUUUCAAAUCUGUCGCUCAAAUUUCAGACUUGGUGCAUCACAGCGAAAAAAAGAAGAGGUUCUACAAAGAUCUCGAAGGAACUUUUGGGUUGGCAAACCACUACGGUGUAUCCCACCGGCAUUUGGCACAAGGGGGCCUUGUCGACAAUUUUGAUGUCAUUUGUCGAGUCCAUCUGUGAACGAUCGGACUUCAGCUCUGACCCCUUCCUGCAGCUUGUGAAAGAAGCGACCAUGGCAAUCCAAGCCUGUGUGCGUGGCUUAUACACCGAACAGCUUUGGUUGAAACCAGCCUCUGCGGGCCUCAUUGCCAAUGAAGGCAUGAGAUUUUUGAGACGAUACUCUGAGCUGGCACUUGAGGGCUUGGCCUAUGGGAGGGAAGCGUGCGCGCGCGUGGGUUCAGGCCGAAGAGAGGAGAGGAUGCCAGCGGAGAAGAAAGACAAGAAAGAUACAAAAAGGGCCAAAAAGGAGAAGAUUGAGAAGAAGGGGAAGAAGGAGAAGAAGCGGAACGGCCAGAACGGCGACGAGUCGGACGUGGCGCGGCAGAAACGUUCUGAAGAAGCAAACAUCUCCACCAGAGGAGUCGAGUGCCCAGUGGGAGGAGACCUCAGUUCGAUGGCCGGAGUCACAGCGAUGGCCCUUUGGUUGAUCAAUGGACGGGAUGCCCGGAGACCCCCGCUCGUGUACAAGCAAUUCCCCAAGGUCGAGCUCCGACGAGCUGCCGGCACCGAUCCUGAGAGCUUCCGGACGGUCAUUGACGUGAUCUCCUGGAGACCUCUGGGAGAAAACCUGUGGUUCCCCAACCCUCAAGCCAACGUCCAGUCGGCCAAGCCCAGUCCGCCAUCGACCAGUCCAGUGACCGGUCGUGUUGGUUCACCGGUUCUUGAGACCGGGUUCCGGGUGGGACAGUCGGACACGACCGGCGGACGGGACAGCUCCGGCUUCGCUGUGAGGUGCGGGCGCUGUGAGGACAAGGUGCCACAGAGGCUGGGCCAACUUCGAGGGGGCAACGGCCGAUCGUCCUUCAUGUGCGAUGAGCGCCUUUUCGUGGUGUCCCCCAACGGCCAGCAGCAGUGUGGGGGAGAGUAUGUGAUUCUUUCAGAGACUGCGAAUGGCCAUCCAGUGUGGGAGCAAAGAGCCGGGAACUUCUGGCUGUACUCAGGUGCCAAUGGUAUGUGGAUCAUUGGUGGUCGUGAGGCAAAAGACAAGGCCUUCAAGUGCUCCCAUGGCCAGAUCUUUUGCCGCACCUCCCACGGCGGCGUGCCACCGGACCAAGUGAAAGGUGUUUGGGAACGUUUGCACGGUGAACACUUUUUGGAGGAUUCGGCCCUCGUCGUCAUGGCGGCCACGAAGGUGCGCCUGCCUCCAGCCUUGCGCGUCGUCGCACCCAAUGGACAGCAACGAUCCGCGGGCGACUAUGUCUUGACCGAGACCUUUGCACAGGGCCUGCCUGUUUGGCAGCAUCAGAAUGGGAAGUGCUACCUCUACUGCGGCGUCAACGGCUCAUGGAUCCUGGGCGGCUCUGAUGCCAAGGAGAAGGACUUCAAAUGCGCCAAAGGUGUGAUCUACUCCAAGCGGACAAGUGGUGGACUGAUGCCGGAGAAGGUGGGCGGUGUUUGGCUACGCUUGGGUGGCGACCAAUUCCAAGAAGAUAGCGACAUCGCUGUCACGAUCAAGCCUCAGCGGCUCUAUGUGCAGACUCCAAACGGUCAACACAGGUGCGCUGGGGAGUACGUGCCGUUGGCGGAUCGCAUGGCCAAUGGCUACCCCUUGUGGGAGCACGCCACCGUGGGCCGAUGCUGGCUCUACUCAGGCAGCAACGGCAUGUGGAUCAUCGGAGGCACCGAUGCUGCAGCGAAGAACUUCGUGUGCACACGCGGGGUCAUCUACUGCCAGGCGGUUCAUCAUGGUCAGAUGCCUGACAAGAUGGUGGGGAACUGGCUGCGCUUGGAUGGUGAGAAGUUCAGAGAGGAUGCAGCCAUUAUGGUUAGCACGGAGCCGCCUUCGCUGCACAUCCUGUCCCCAAAUGGGCAGCAUAGGUGUGGUGGGGAGUACUUGCUGAUCUCUGAGCGCUUUCGCGGGCAGCCCGUGUGGAAGCAGCGGCGAAGCCAUUUCAGGAUUUGCACGGGAUCUGAGGGUCACUGGAUAGUGACCAACGCAGAGCCGAAGGAGGAGGAUGCAGAACAAGCCGUUCUGAAAUGUGAGGAAGUCCAUGGUGGUCAGAUGCCUGACAAGGUGACGGCCUCCUGGAGCCGAUUAGAUGAGAAACAAGGCUCCAUGGUGAAGGCCUGCUUCGGACAGCAGUUCUUCAGCGAACAGAGCUGCAAAUGGCUGCAAAGUUGAAGCUGCUUUCAAGGAAUGCGCCCAAAAUCCAUGGUCGAAGCAGGAUCGCUGUGUAUAUCGUUGUGAUUUAUA